AUGCAUAUACCGCAAUUAUUAUCCCUCCCGCCCGCCAUCAUCGCGCUGCUGUUAGCCACAGCAUCGUCCGCCGAACCGCAAUGGCCGCACAACGUACCGAAGCAUUUGAAGUACUUUCCCGAGGACGAACAACACGCCAGGAGAUCGCUGGAUAUAUACGAAAAGCUGCAAAAUGAGAAGCCUAUUGGGGUGAAGAAAAUGAGCCUGGACGAAGGCGAGAUGUUCAUGUUGGAAAACUGGAUAUUCGCCUCGGAUGUCCAAGGUUCGACGCCAGGGCAACCAGACAUCAUGGAUCUUGAAAAUGGCACUCUGCGAAUGCGGUCGCCAUUGCGGCCAGUUGCCGAGGAAGACUUUUUGGCGCGACUACAUAUAAGGGACCUGCUAUUGAAGAGGCAAUUCGCGUGUCCAGAAGGAACGAGGAAUUGUGCUUCGGUCGGUGCACCUGAUGUAUGUUGUGGGUCUACAAGCACAUGCAUCAAUGUGGAUAGUAGUACAGACGUUGGAUCUGUGGGAUGUUGUCUCGAAGGUCAGACAUGUGCUGGGUCUGUUCACCGAAUGGUGGAUGUUGCCUGCCUGGCUUUCAAUGCCUUGGAAUCGGCUUCAGGUGUCGCUGGAGGUACAUCAACGGCCUAUGUUCAACCAUCCACAACGUCCAAUUCUGCCAGCGCCACUCCACCAUCCUCAACACCCGACGUUAUAGUCCCAACCACAACUUCCACGUCCUCAACGACUACACCCACACCAACUCCAUCCUCAUCCUCCUCCUAUGUCUGCUCUACAGGCUGGUUCUCCUGCGCGGCCAGCCUGGGCGGCGGCUGCUGCCAGAACGGCCGCACUUGCGCAACAGGCGCCUCUUGCAUUGGAGACGAACCUACCAGCGCUCAAGCACCAUCCGCCCCCGUCCGCCCAACCAGCGGCGCGAUGAUUACUACAGAAUCCGCACAGCCAUCCAACGACGUCUGUCCUAGCGGCUUCUAUGUCUGCAGCGCAUACUACCCCUCUGGCUGCUGCCGCGUUGGUCGCGAUUGUCAGACCACGGGCUCCUGCGUGCUGCCCACCGACACAAUACUAAACACGAAUGGAGUAGUUGUUGUAGCGCCGACAGGCGCGGGUGUAGCGACAACAGCCGCGGGGCAGGGCGGAUCUUGUCCAAGUGCGUGGUAUAGUUGUCCUGCGAAUCGGGGUGGGAAUUGCUGUCCUGAUGGGUUUGAGUGUGGAGAGCAAUGCACGGCUACUGCAUCGGGCGAGACGGGCGUUCAGGCAAAGGUCGCGCCUAGUACAGCGUCAUUUGUAUCGCAGGGGACGAUUUGGGGGAUGACGUUGUACUUCCUCAUAGCGUUCAUCGCCGUUGGAAACAGCUUCCUAAUCUUGGCGGUCAUAUUAGUCGCUGAUUGCAUGUCAAUCUCAGGCCAUUUCUCCAGAUGUUCUUCACAGGUCUCGGGCUGGAAGAAGACACUCAGAUCGUGA